AUGGACUAUUAUUUCAUUGAGAUGGAUGGUACCAGAUUCAAAAUAUCACUCACUUUCCAACCUUAUUUUUUAAUAAUGGCUAGAAAAGAAUGUGAACAGGAAGUUAUACAAUAUUUAUCUAAGAAAUUUGCAGGAACCAUUCAUAAAAUUGAAAUUAUUGAAAGAGAGGACUUGGAUUUGCUCAAUCAUCUUUCUGGUUUAAAACAAACUUAUAUAAAGCUUUCAUUUAUGACUCAAAAUGAGAUGAUGAAAGUGAGAAAAGAAGUUCUAACUGCAGUCAACAAAAACAAAGAAAGGGAAAAGAAAGAUGCUAUCUAUGCUGAAAUGUUGACUAAUGCUUUAACUAGUUCAGCUGCUCUUGAACAUGCUAAAAAGACAACAGACCACAUGGAAAAUAUUUUGGAUAUCAGAGAGCAUGACGUACCUUACCAUGUGAGAGUAUCUAUUGAUGUCCAGAUUUUUUGUGGUACAUGGUACACAGUAAAAAGUAGGGGUACAGAGACACCAAUAUUUACAAAACGUGAUGAUAUCUUAGAAAGACCUGAUCCGAUAGUGUUAGCUUUUGAUAUAGAAACAACUAAACUGCCAUUAAAGUUUCCCGAUUCACAAACUGAUCAAAUAAUGAUGAUUUCUUAUAUGAUUGACGGUCAAGGUUAUCUGAUCACUAACAGGGAAAUUAUUUCGAUAGAUGUUGAAGACUUUGAAUAUACACCUAAACCAGAAUUUGAAGGGCAAUUUAUUGUAUUUAAUGAACCCAACGAGCUGGCGUUAAUACAAAAGUUUUUCGACCACAUAAUGGAUGUUAAGCCUCAUAUUUUUGUCACAUACAAUGGUGACUUUUUCGAUUGGCCUUUUGUAGAGGCGCGCGCUGCCGUACUCGGUUUGGAUAUGAAACAAGAAAUAGGUUUCAGUAAAAUUGCUUCAAGGGAUAAUACCUAUGCAUGUCGCCCUGCAAUGCAUAUGGACUGUUUGUGUUGGGUCAAAAGAGACUCAUAUUUGCCAGUAGGCUCGCAAGGUUUGAAAGCCGUGGCCAAAGCGAAAUUACGGUAUGAUCCCGUAGAAUUAGAUCCAGAAGAUAUGUGUAGAAUGGCGGCAGAGCAGCCACAGGUGCUAUCAAAUUAUUCGGUGUCAGACGCAGUGGCUACAUAUUAUCUGUACAUGAAAUAUGUCCAUCCAUUCAUAUUUGCUCUUUGCACAAUUAUUCCCCUGGAGCCAGAUGAGGUUUUACGCAAAGGGUCUGGUACUUUAUGCGAAUCACUUUUGAUGGUGCAAGCGUUCCACGCGAAUAUUGUGUUCCCUAACAAGCAAGUUGAGGAAUUGAAUAAACUUACUACAGACGGUCACGUGCUGGAAACUGAGACUUAUGUCGGAGGACACGUAGAAGCGUUGGAGUCAGGUGUUUUUAGAGCAGACAUCAAAUGCAAAUUCAGGAUAGUGCCAUCAGCAGUGGAGAAGUUGAUGGACACUGUGGAAAAAACAAUGAAACACGCCAUUGAAGUAGAAGAAGGGGUGCCGCUAGAGAUGGUGACCAACUUCGAUGAGGUUUGUGGUGAGAUCAAAGCGAAGCUGCAACAUAUGAGAGACCAUCCCAGGAGGGAUGAGAACCCACUGAUUUACCAUUUGGACGUCGGCGCUAUGUACCCUAAUAUUAUUCUAACGAACAGAUUACAACCGUCAGCGAUGGUGAAUCCUAGCAUAUGUGCCGUCUGCGACUUCAACAAGCCUGGAGCCAAUUGUCAGAGACACAUGGAAUGGAUGUGGCGAGGAGACUAUCUGCCGGCGACACGGAGCGAAUACCAACGUAUCCAGCAACAGCUGGAGACGGAAAAAUUCCCACCGUUACACCCCGGUGAACCGCCCAGAGCUUUCCACGCUUUACCCAAAGAAGAUCAAGCGGCAUAUGAGAAGAAACGCUUAGCUGACUACUGUAGGGUUGCAUAUAAGAAAACAAAAGUCACAAGGACGGAAGUGAGGACUACAACAAUAUGCCAAAAGGAGAACUCCUUUUAUGUGGACACUGUCAGAGCGUUCAGGGAUCGGCGAUACGAAUAUAAAGCCUUGAACAAGCAAGCGAAGGCUAAGGUUGCUGAGGCGGUGGCGAGUGGCGACGCGGCUGAAAUCAAAUCGGCAAAGAGUCGUGAGGUGCUCUUUGACUCGCUACAGCUAGCACAUAAAUGCAUCCUCAACUCUUUUUAUGGAUACGUCAUGAGGAGAGGAGCACGUUGGCACAGCAUGGAAAUGGCGGGUAUAGUGUGUUACACGGGCGCUAACAUCAUAAUGAGGGCGCGCGAGAUCAUAGAACAAGUUGGCCGCCCACUCGAGCUCGACACCGAUGGUAUUUGGUGCAUACUGCCUUCAUCGUUUCCUGAGAACGUCACCGUCCUAACGACUCAUCAGAAAAAGAAAAAGAUUAACGUGUCUUAUCCAAACGCUGUGCUCAAUGCCAUGGUCAAAGAUCACUUUACUAAUGAUCAGUAUUACGAGCUGGUGGACCCAGAGACUCGGAAAUACGAACAGCGCUCAGAAAACUCUAUAUUCUUUGAAGUUGACGGACCAUACUUGGCGAUGGUUCUACCAGCUUCGAAGGAGGAAGGAAAGAAGCUCAAGAAGCGAUACGCCGUGUUCAACUUCGACGGAUCGUUGGCUGAACUUAAAGGUUUUGAAGUGAAACGUCGCGGUGAAUUGCAGCUGAUUAAAAUCUUCCAAUCGUCAGUAUUCGAAGCUUUCCUCAAAGGCAACGAUUUGAAGUCUUGCUACAGUGCCGUAGCACGGGUGGCCGACUAUUGGCUAGACGUUCUAUACAGUAAAGGGUCCAACAUGCCCGACUCUGAGCUGUUCGAGUUGAUAUCUGAAAAUCGCUCCAUGUCCAAGAAGUUGGAAGACUACGGUGGACAAAAGUCAACGUCGAUUUCGACUGCGAAGAGGCUGGCUGAGUUUUUGGGCGAUCAAAUGGUCAAAGACGCUGGACUUGCUUGCAGAUUCAUAAUAUCACGUAAGCCUGAAGGCGCUCCGGUAACAGAGAGGGCGAUACCUUUAGCGAUAUUCCAAUCACCGGCGGCGGUGCGACGUCAUCAUCUACGACGAUGGCUCAAAGACAGUAGUGUUACUGAAGACCUGGACAUACGUGAUGUACUCGACUGGGCUUACUACAUAGAACGGCUCAGUGGUGCUAUACAGAAGAUCAUCACCAUCCCAGCCGCUAUGCAGGGGUUGGAUAAUCCAGUACCCCGCGUGCAGUAUCCAGACUGGUUACACAAGAAAAUGCUCGCGAAGCAAGACAAAUACAAGACUAGAAAGAUCACUGACAUGUUCAGCGCCCAGCCCAAAGAAAUGAAGGAUAAAGACGACGCUGAGGCGUCUGGGAGUAAUCAGCAAGGAAGUAUGGACACAGAAGUGGAUAUCGAAGAUAUAGGUAAAGAGAGCAAAGGUAAUGGGAACGUCAUCCGACCCGUAGUUAACACUGUGAAGCGAAAACGAGAGGAGUCUCCUGUCAAGGAUGCCGCGACCUGGCGCGAAGCUCUCGGACCACCUCCUCCGUUCGGAACUACCAAAGAAGAACGCCGGGCAUGGAUAGUAUUCCAAAAAAAGAAAUGGAUGUGGCAAAUGGAACAGCGUGGUUUACGCAAGCGCGGCAAGCGUGGUAAAAUGGACGAUAGUAGCGCUAUGCCGCCCCCUAAGUAUUCGGGCCCGACUAAUACAUUAGGAGGAUUUAUUAGGAAAGCCCAAAGGACUCUACUUAACACGCCUUGGCAAGUUAUCCAAGUAGCAGAAACAGGCGAGCCGGGCUUAUUCAAACUGUGGGCACUAGUUGGGUCCGAGUUGCAUCAGAUCAAGUUGACUGUGCCCCGUAUAUUCUACGUGAACCAGCGCGUCUGUAGGCCGACUGACAGCGGCCAGUACUGGCGCAAGUGUAACAGGAUAUUGCCAAGGGCUCAUCCGGUGUUACAUCUGUACCAGUAUACUGUACCUGAACAACUGUACAGGGAACAUCAAGAAGAAUUAAUGGGUGAACUGUCCACCCCGGAGAUAGAAGGCAUAUACGAGACUCAAAUGAGUUUGGAGUUCAGGGUGCUCGUCCAACUUGGCUGCAUUUGUAGUGUGGAUCAACAGGAAGCGAGACGGCUUAUUCAAUUCGGCUCAAACAACAUGGACUCGUUCACAUUAAGCCAACUACAGUUUAAGAGUGUCGCACAUCAACCUUACCUACAAAAACAGGACGGCGUUUCACCCAUGAAACACAUAUACCUAUAUCAACAUUCGGCACUGAACUCUAGUCGCAGUAUGUGGGCGCUCAUCCUUGGGCCGAGCAAGCGCGGGUACAUGUUCGUACUCGACACGGUACGAACCAAUCAACUACCUAACUUGAAUACCCUCUACUCGACAGAAAGGACCGCCAAAAUCAAUCUAGGCAGCGACGAAAGUACUCUUCCCGGUGCUGAACUAACAUGGGAAGUGGCCGUGGAGAGUGAAGCGCGGGCUGUAUGGCGCGGUAUACAGCGCGCGCUGCUCCGGUACCGCGACGAGCGCUGCGGGCCCACGCUGCUGGCCCUGCAGGCCGCGCUGUCCGCGCCCGCGCUGCUGGCACUCAUGCCCGCUCUGUCAGACUUCCCCCUGGUACCUCUUCACGUGCGCGAUGUGGAAACGUUAUACAACACGCUGGAAUGGCAGCGUAUAGGCGCUCGUGCCAUCAUACGCCAUUACCUCAAUCUGGAGUCCGUGCUUCAACUCACCAUAGAACAGUGCAGAUAUUUCCACGUGCCUUUAGGCAACAUGCCCGCAGAUCCUACCGUGUUCGGAGCGGAUUUAUUCUACGCACGGCAUCUCGUCAAACACAACUUCGUUCUAUGGUGUUCUAGUCUUGAAAGACCAGAUCUGGGCGGCCGCGAGACUGACGACAAUAGGCUGGUGAGCGAGAUAGAGGAAAUGUGCGGGUGCAGCCACAACGCGAGCGGCGCGUACGCGAGCGUGUGCGUGGAGGUGGAGAGCGACGCGCUGGCGGUGUGCGCGCUGUUGCAGGCGCAGCACGUGCUGCAGGCGGAGGGCACCAGCGCGGCCACCAGUUUCGGGGCCCAACACGCCAACAUACAGGACGCCAUGGCCAACACGGGUCCGAACGCAUCGGUGAAUUACGACGAGACGGCGCAAUGUAAUGCAGCGUUCAAGAUCCUUCGCACAAUGGUAGCGUCAUGGUUGCGUGACGUCACACAGUACAAGAACGUGUUCGCAGACUACCAGAUAUCACACUUCUACAGAUGGCUGAAAACACCUACUUCGUUAUUGUAUGACCCGGCGUUACGUCGCACUCUAUACAAUCUGAUGAAGAAACUGUUCCUCAUGCUGGUGGCCGAGUUCAAGAGACUAGGCUCUAUCAUAGUGUACGCUGACUUCAACAAGAUUAUACUAUGUACUAAGAAGCAUUCUGUUCUGGAUGGCAUUGGUUACGUGGAAUUCGUAGUCCAGAGUAUCCGCAACAAGGAACUGUUCCACGGUAUCGACAUCCGAUACAAGCAGUGCUGGUCUUAUUUACUUUGGCUAGAUGAAGCAAACCACGCCGGAGUGCAGGGUAAAUUACCACCGGGCUUAGUGGAAGUGGGCUCAUCGCAAGUGCUGUCAUCGGAACAAGCUGAAGAUGAAGAGGAAGGCACUAUAACGAUGCAAUGGAAUCUAGCGCAGUUUCUGCCGCCAGCUGUGAGGGAACAAUUCACGGCGGCAGUAGGAGGAUUCCUCAGCGCUGCUUGCUCACAAUCUCAAAGAUUAUCCGCUAUAGUCAGUGGUGAAAUAACACAGAAACUUUUCCAAGUGACGGAGAAAAUCAACACUCGUAUGCCAAUGUUGAAGCCGUCGGACAUAGGAGAUCAGCCGGGGCUUCGGCCCGGAGCCCUACCGCCGGACGCGACGCCUGCACUACUUUUUGUUAACGCCGUGUGUAAAGUGUUCUCGCUGGAUGCCUCACUUGAUGAUGAGGUGACCCUCCUCCGUCGUAAUCUUCUCCGAUUGAUAGGCGUCGGUGAGUUCAGUAGCGCGGCAGAAUGGCGUGAUCCCUGCGCCUCGUGCUCUCUCUCCGAGGUGAUCUGUAAGGUGUGCAACCACUGUCGGGACCUGGACCUAUGUAGAGAUACGUAUCGCGCGGUACACGACGACUGCCCUGUGUGCGUUUGCCCUGUAUGCGGAACUGCGUAUGAUAAUCAAGAAUUAGAAUGGAGACUCAUCGAGACCGUAAACAGACGGUCUAUGACGUAUACACUGCAGGAUCUUAUUUGUGGCAGAUGUCAUCAGGUGAAACGUGAGAAUUUGACAACUGUGUGCGAUUGUGCUGGCGAGUUCGCACUAAUGGUACCCGUCAACGAGAUCCACACACAACUGUCAACUUUCAAGACAAUUGCACAGUACUACAAGAUGCCUCUACUGCUCGAAUUGAUUGAUUUCCACUUAACAAAAAUGUGAUACCUUGUUAAUUUAGUUUUAAGAAUAAAUGCUUAUUUAUUUGAUGUUU